UGUCUACGCCGUCGUUCGGCCGUGGACAUUAACACACAAAUACAUACAGUAUACACACAUGCGGUAGAAAAUGAUUAAAUAAAACAUUUAGAUAUCAUUGAAUAACUCUAUCGAGUGGAUGUAAGACCGUAACAUAAAUAUAAUCUCGUGUAACGAACUUAACAUAAUACACUUGGUCGAUUAUUUAUUUAUAUUCAAACUAUCGUGUGAAUAAAUUUUCAUUAUUCUUGGAUUUCUACUUUAUAAUACAAAAAAAAAAAUGUUAAACAAAGGAGUUGUUAGACAAUUUUUGGCAGCAACAGCAGGAUCACUAUCCAUAAUGAACGUGGGCAUUAUACUAGGCUGGACGUCACCGAUCAUGGAAGAACUGCUGGGACCGAACAGCCCGAUCCCGAUGACGGUGGACGAGAGCUCGUGGUUCGUGUCGGUAAUCGACUGGGGUCUGAUCCUAGGCUCGUUGCCAUUCGGCGUCAUAGCAGACCGAUGGGGCCGGAAGCCCAGCUUGCAGAUCAUUGGGCCGAUGGCGUUGGCCACGUGGGUGGCCCUGCUGUUCAUCGACACGUUCCUAGGGCUGCUGAUCGUGAGGUUCGCGCAGGGCCUGCUGGCGGCAGGCGCGUACACGGUGCUACCGGUGUACGCGGGCGAGAUCGCGGGCCCGAAGAUCCGCGGCGCGCUGGGAACCAUGUUCCAAAUAAUGAUGUACGUGGGCAUACUGUUCGUGUACGCGGCCGGUAUGUACCUGGACUACAGGCAGCUGACGUACGCCAUGAUGGUGGGCCCGGUGCUGUUCUGCGCGCUGUUCGCCGCCAUACCGGAGUCGCCGCACUUCUACGUGAUGAAGAACAAGCUGCCCGAGGCGAAGAAAGCGCUGGUGUGGCUGCGCGGCGACGAGACGGGCCGCUCGGUGGACGACGAGAUGGACUCGGUGGUGGAAUGCAUAUGCAAAGAGAUGCGAAACGCGUCGUUCACCGAGCUGUUCACCGACUGGGUGAGCCUCAAGGCGCUGAUCAUCGUGCAGGGCCUGUCCGUGUUCCGCGUGAUGGCCGGCGUCACCGCACUCAUAUCGUACGCGUCCAUCACGUUUGCAGAGAUGCACGUGGACGUGCACGCCAACAAGCUGUCGCUGGUGUUCGCGUGCUCGGUGCUAUUCUCCGCGCUGCCGUCCACCGUGCUCGCCGACCGGUUGGGCCGCCGGCCGCUGAUGAUCAUCUCGUGCCUGUGGUGCUUCGUGUUCGACACGGCCAUAUUUGCGUACUUCUACGCGGACCGGUGCACCGAGUACGACGUGACCGAGUACGGGUGGCUGUGUGUGCUGGCCGUCGGCGGCCUGUCCGUCGCACACACCAUCGGCCUGGGCUCGCUGCUGUCCACCAUCAACUGCGAACUGUUCCCGUCCAACACGCGGUCCAUCGCGAACGCGGUCAACACCAUCACGCUGACCAUCGUGUCGUUCCUCGCGCUCAAGAUAUAUCCCGUGCUUGCCGACGGCGGUGGCAUGUACCGCAACUAUCUGAUAUCGUCGCUGUUCAGCCUGUGCUCGAUCGUGUGCUGCGUGCUAUGGCUACCCGAGACCAAGGGCAAAACGUUCGCCGCCAUCCAGGCACAGCUCAGGAAGACCGAUGAUCUGGUCUGAACACGCCCCCGCGCUCCCGCCCCCGCCCUUGCCCGAAUCCCGUCCAGUAUCGUCCGUCGUUCAAUGACAUUUUUAGGUUGUGUACACAGUUUUCCGUGCAUCUGGUCACGUUCGAUACCGCGCGCAGCGAAGGACGACCGACCGGCGAACAGGAUCGAACGGCUCUAGGGAUAAUCGUGUUGGGUCCUUCGACGUUCAAAAAUCGAACGCUCGUCAGCGUGGCUCCGUCGCGCUGAAAACCGUUGUCCGAUGCCGUUCGUAUACAUACCGGUCCGCUGUGUCUUGUUGGCAACACGGUUUUCACGAAUGACAUUAUGUUUUUUCGUGUGAUCGUUAAAACAUAACAAGUCCAAUGACACGGACCUCGACGUGCGAUAGGUUUUCGAACUCUAAAAACAACUGCCCGACAUCGGUACUUACAAGCUUUGUGACUUGCGCGUCUUCGUUCGCAGUGAACUAACCGCCCUACCAGCGAGUGGUGAAAUUGGCGUUUUGGUCAACCGUCGUGAUUUGUAAAUGGCUUCGCUUCUUUGCUAUUUAUGAACUCGUGAUUACUUAAGAAAUGUUACAAUUUCGUGUAAAUCGCUAAUAAAAGAUUAAUUUACAAAUUUUGAAUUAUUUGAAUUAACCAAAGACUACAUUUGAGAUAAUACGAUGAAUGUAUAAAUGACAUCACUGAUGGCUGUAUAUGUUCUGCUUUAAACUUUACGAAAAAACUGAACUGAUUAGACCUAUUUUUCCAGUCAUAACAGCUUUUGAUCUCUGUACGUGAUCACGCACGCGCGUUUGUUGCUAAAAUUAUACGAUCCUUCAAGACCAACGAAUUGUACACAUUUAAAUGACAUUUAAUGACCAAUUUUUUUUUAAAUCACACUGUGCCGAUAUAACAAAUUAAUUAUUCUAAUUUUCAA